CUUAGUGGCAUCAUUAUCAUCGGCCCCGCCAUCACUAUUCUUUCCGACUGUCUUUGUUGUCAUUGGUGCUACUUCUGUCGUCUUCGUCACUACUUUCGGCGUCAUCAUCACUUAUAUCACUGCUGCUCUCAUUUCCAGAAAACCCCAACGUUGUGCUUAGUUCUGAUUUCUCGCAGUCUCACUGUUCAGAUGUCAAAGCUACCGCUCAUUUCUUUUCUCCUUUUGCAAGUUUCUUGACGAUGUCUCUGCACAAAUCCUCCUUCUCACAAGUCUUUCCCUACGGUAAAUCUGGCGCAACCUUCUUGAGGACGUCAAUUGUUCUGGCCCUGGCCACAUGCUUCGCCUUUUUUUGCUUAAGAAUCCAUAACAGUCGCAUAGACUGUUUAGCAAAAACAAAAGUAAUUACCUACGAAGGAACAACAAGAUAG